GCAAGAGCGAUCGGAGACUUCUAGGUGGAAGCGAGAACGACGAUUCGUGCGGUUUCCGUGCAUGAUACGUUCGCCGUGUGUAUGCACUUAUGCAGGGUAGUGCAGGGGGAGGAAGGGAAGAAAGGCCAGAGAUUCAGGCAUCAGGGAUCGUCGUUGACGUGCUCCUCGCGUACAAGUGACUCGCCGAGCGGGCUUAUUCGGACGCUACGAUGGUGGAUUACAGCAAAUGGAAGAGCAUCGAAAUUUCAGACGACGAAGAUGACAUCCAUCCAAACAUCGACACACCAUCCCUAUUCAGAUGGCGUCAUCAGGCACGAUUGGAGAGAAUGGAAGAGCGCAGAAAAGAGCAGGAGGAUCACAUGAGGAGGAAAGCAGAAACGUUGCUAAAACUCCAGGAUACAAAGGAGAAGUUGGCCAAAUUAGAAAGCGAAGAUAAAGAAUCGUCAGACUUCACUGCAUUGAAGCAGGCGCUUCAGGAACUGGAGAAGGAGGAGAAGAAGAUCCAGGAGACGGAGAUGGAGAUGGAGCGGAAGGAGAAAUUGACACCGUGGAACAUAGACACUAUUGGGCAAGAUGGUUUUACAAAAACUGUGAUAAACACGGCGCCCGCUAAGAGAAGCGACGAUUCGGGCUUGUCCGAUGAGGAAAAGGAGCAGCUGAUGAAGCAAUUCGUCAAGGCUCACGAGAAGAAACUGAAAGAGUUUGGUAUGCUGAGAAAGUAUGAAGACAGCAGGAAAUUCUUGCAGGAACAUCUCUAUCUGGUUUGCGAGAAUGCCGCCAACUAUUUGGUCGUCUGGUGCAUUAACUUGGAAAUGGAAGAGAAACACAAUUUGAUGGAGCACGUCGCGCAUCAGUGCAUAUGUAUGCAAUACAUACUGGAAUUGUCCAAGCAAUUGGACGUAGACCCGCGAGCGUGCGUCGGCUCCUUUUUCAGUCGCAUUCAGGUUGCCGAAGUAGAGUACAAGAAUUCCUUUGAUGAGGAACUUCGAGCGUUUAAGGAGAGAAUAUGCAAAAGAGCGGCGGAGAAAGUAGCCGAGGCGGUUAAAGAAGCCGAGGAAGAGGAGAGACAGGCUCGUUUGGGUCCCGGUGGGCUCGAUCCGGCCGAUGUGUUCGAGAGUCUUCCAGAGGCCUUACAAAAGUGUUUCGAGUCGCAAGAUAUUGCCUUGUUACAAAAAACGAUAGCCGCGAUGCCGGAAGGAGAGGCGACAUAUCACAUGUCACGUUGCAUCGACAGCGGUCUGUGGGUCCCCGACAAAAAGUCGAAGGAGACGAAAAACGAAACGAAGGAGACGGAGGAGCAGAGGGAACAGCAGCAGAGCGUUGUCGGGGAAACGCCAGAUCCGGAAUAAGGCAUUUAAGUCGUAUCCUACUAUCGAUACUCAAUGAAAAUCAGUAUCUCACUUGCAUCAUUUAUUCUUUACAUAAUCUGAAACGGGUACAUUAACAAUAAAGUUGUCAUCUUUGCGAACUCUGGCAAUGUGCGAUUAUUAUCUCUCCAUCAGCUUUUUCUUUCGUCGUCGCGACACUUGUCGCGUUGGCACGACGUUAACUCAAGGUGAAUUAGUUUAUAAGACUGAGUUGUCGUUUCAUAAAUAGAAAACUUGGCAAAAGUUGAAAUAUGUAACGAGUACCAAGUGGCACAAAGUAUUAGGUGUCGAAGUGCUAUAAUCUUCACUUUUGUGCAUGAUUGUGUUACUACUGAAAUUAUCUUUUUAUGUUAUGUGUAUAUACAUAUAUAUAUAUAUUGUUAACCACAAACCAUAAUUAUUUCAACACUUUAUGUCCCUAUAACACUAGCAUUGUACAAUAUAUUAAUCGGGAACAACAUCGUUAUGUAAAUAAAACCACUUAUACAUCUAAA